AUGCCUGCAUACCACUCCGUCUUCCUGGACGAGCCGAAUCAGCAAUUAAUAGGCAACUUCGCACUCCUUCCCCUCCGAACCCGAACUCGCGGACCAGCACAACAACUUCCACCCCUCUCUGGCGUGACAGAACUCGACGUGGAACCCAGCAAUGAAAGCUACGACCCCCUAGACGAAGUUCUUUCCCUGUUCCGCGCCAACACUUUUUUCCGCAACUUCGAAAUCAAGGGACCCGCAGACCGCGUCCUCAUCUAUGGCAUUCUUUACGUGAGCGAGGCAUUGAGUAAGAUCAAGCCGGGAGCAAGCAGACGAGAUGCGGAGAAAGCAGUUAUGAACUCUGCGUUGGACACCAAUUUUGCUAUACCGGGGGAUGCGGGCUUCCCGCUCAAUCAGAUGUUUGAGUCCCCGCGGGAUCGGAAUGAGGCGGAGGUCUUGAGGCAAUAUAUCAUGCAGAUGAGGCAAGAGCUGGCUGCAAGGCUACUGAACAGAGUGUACAUGGAUCCCAGUGGGCAGCCGAGUAAGGUGAGUACUCUACCCAUACCUCCAGGAUGCCUUGGUAUCCCCAUUGCUCACACGAUGUACAGUGGUGGCUUAGCUUCCAGAAGAGAAAGUUCAUGGGCAAAGCUCUAUGA